CUGUCUCAAAUCGAGCAAUCGAAUCCGUGUGGCUAUUACUCUCCACUAUGUUUCUUCAAAUCGCUUCCUGGCGUUGAUCCUGAGCAUGUUUUUCAUCACCUUCGCACAAGCCUGGAGCCGACCCGCCAGGCCAUCCCGUCCCUCGCAUGUGAGAUUGUGCCUUUCGACGAUGGGAAAAAACCGACCGGCAAGAUUGCUCUCAGUCCUGAAUCUUUUGGAGACUUGAUAAGGAAGGAUCUUCGUGGAACUGGUCUGGUUUAUGACGAAUUGCGAAAGCAGAAUUUUCCCCAGUCGAGACUCAAUCCUACGGACCUUUGUCAUCGCGGUGUUUUCCCGAUGGCGGGCGAGCAGCAACCGGUCUUUGUCCCACAGCUGAACAUCAUCGAUGGUGGUUUCAUUUUGGCCGCCCAAUGUCAUCACUCUAUCUUUGAUGCUCAGGGCCUGACCGAGGUGUUACGGGUGUGGGCUCAGAAUUGUCGUCACUCGCAAGAUGAUAGCGUUCCCAGGUGCGACUCUCUGCCCAUCGAAACGUUCGACCGGACCGCCCACAUCGCUUCUCAUAAGCCGACAGCUAAAAUGGGCCGGCCAGAACACCAUCCUGAACUCAUCAUCAGCCCCGAACCCCUUACCUUCGGAGAAACAGCGAUGAAAGAAACGCAUGAAUCUCGGGUCUACCUAUUGUCUCCCGAAGCUUUGGUCCAGCUGAAGGAAGACUACGUUAUGGUGCACCCAGGACGCGAUGAAGCUGUGAUGCGCAGCUUGUCGACCAACGAUAUGGUCACUGCAUUGCUUUGGUACGCGGUAUAUCGGGCGCAAAAUGAUCCCGAAAGGUUUCCGGACGGAACCAAACUCUCUUAUCAUAUCGUCAACGUCGAUCUGAGACUUCGUUCUAAACCAGCUCUAUCACGGCGUUACCCUGGCUGUCCCAUGAGUUACGCUCGUGCGGCAGUCCCCGUCAGGGAUCUUCGCGAACCCUCGAGCAUCGGCUCUCUUGCCAUUGAGAUCAGGAAAGCGGUUGAUGAGAGAACGCCAGAGUACGUCAAGUCGCUCGUCACGCUCCUUGACGCCAUUCCUGGAUAUGAUCACGUUGUGUCGGCUUCAUACCCGAAUUUGAUGGGCAGCGACUGCCUUACAAGCACGUGGUACAAAUUGGAUAUCUACGACCUUGACUUUGGUCCUGCAAUCGAAAAGAUCGAACGAGUCAGGUUCUCCAAGAGGGGUCUUUUCAAUGGACUCAGUAUGAUCUACCCGAAGGUCACCAAAGGGGAGGGACAGGGUAUGGAAGUCGCGGUCGGUUUGGAUCAGUGCAACUUUGAGAAGCUGCAAAAGGAUCCAGUCUGGUGCAGGUAUGCA